CAAGUGGUGGCAAAGGUUCCGAUGCGUCUGUUCUUAGUGCUGAGUGUUUGUGUGGCAGUGGCCUCUGCCGGAGGCUAUGGAGGCGGCGGCUAUGGAGGCGGAAGUGGUGGCCAUGCAUCAGCCUCGUCCUCGGCGUCAGCUGGUGCUAUAGCUAUAGAUGGUGAUGGCCUUGUACCCGGUAAACAUGGCGGUGGACAUGGAGGAGCUGGAGGUGGCGAUUUCGGAGGCGGCUAUGGCGGCGAUGGCGGCCUGUCUGGUGGAUCCAUAGGAGGUCCCUUCGGAGGUGGCGCUCAUGCAGGAGGCGGUGCUCAUUCUGGAGGUGGCGGCGGCGGUGGCGGCUUCUUAGGAGGUGGCUCCAUUGGUGGAGGUCAUUCUGGCGGAUUAGGUGCCAACGGAAUCGGAGGUGGUCAUUCUGGAGGCGGUGGAAUCGGAGGUGGUCAUUCUGGAGGCGGUGGAAUCGGAGGUGGUCAUUCUGGAGGUGCCGGUGGUCCUGGAUUUGGAGGAAUCGGAGGCGGUGGCAGCUCUGCGUCUUCGUCGGCCGGUGCAAUUGGUGGCGGUGGCGGCGGCGGCGGCCAUGGAGGUGGCAAGCCGGGAGGUGGCUACGGAGGCGGCAGUGGCGGUGGCGGUGGAGGCUUCGGACCAGGAGGAGGAAUCGGUGGAGGUCACUCUGGAGGAGGUGCACAUUCUGGAGGUCACUCAGGUGGCGGCGGAAUUGGAGGCGGUCCUGGAUUUGGAGGUCACUCAGGAGGCGGUCUCAUCGGUGGAGGCCCCGGACUUGGAGGUGGCUUCGGUGGUGGUCACUUAGGAGGAGGAGGAGGCGGAGGAGCAGGAGGUGGCCACUUUGGUGGCGGCUUCAGCGGUGGUCACGGACACAAGCACGGCGGCCAUGGAGGCGGAUACGGUGGCGGACCUGGAGGCGGCGGUGGUGGAUACGGAGGCGGACCAGGAGGUGGUGGUGGAUAUGGAGGUGGCAGCGCCCACUCAAGCGCCUCCGCUACAGCCACCUCAUCGGCAGGUGCAGGUGGUGGCGGUGGCUACCAUGGCUUGCUGUUCCUAGAGUCUCGAGUCCGUUGUCUGGACCCGGCAAUAAACUCCGAGACCAAUUUGCACAAGGACGAUGAACCCCUGUGGUGCAAAUCCAGAUCGAGAAUCGUGAUGAAGGCCCUCAUUGUUCUUGCCGUGCUGGUGGCCGCUGCUUCGGCGGUGCCUCAAUUCUACGGAGGACCUGGAGGAUUCGGUGGCGGAUUCAGGGGUCCCGGUGGAUUUAGAGGUCACGGACGUUUUAGGGGUGGAUUUGGAGGACCUGGAGGAUUUGGAGGCGGCGGUUAUGGACCCUAUGGGGGUGGUGGUGGAUUCGGAAACCCCUAUGGUGGCUUCGGAGGCAACCCAUAUGGUGGUUAUGGCCCAAGUCCCAUUGCCGCAUUUGGCGGAAAUCCGUAUGGAGGCGGUGUCCCCAUUGGUGGAGGCGGCGGAAGUGCUGCAGCAUCGGCGUCAUCGAGUUCCUCGGCCUCAAGUGGUGGCGGCGGAGCAGCAUCCUCUUCAGCUUCUUCAUCGGCCUCGGCUGCCGGCGGCGGCGGCGGGACCAAAGUGUUCGGACCACUCUCGAGGCGACAACAACCCAAAAUGAAACUAUUCAUCGCGCUCUCCGUUCUGGCGGCUGUGGCAACGGCCCUGCCACAAUUCGGCGGCGGCAAUGCCAACGCCAAUGCCAACGCUAAUGCCAAUGCCCAGGGAUUCGGUGGAGGUCGUCAAGGAUUCGGUGGUCCAGGAUUUGGAGGUCGCCCAGGAUUCGGUGGUCCAGGAUUUGGCGGUCCAGGAUUCGGAGGUCGCCCAGGAUUCGGUGGCCCAGGAUUUGGCGGUCCAGGAUUCGGUGGUCCAGGAUUCGGUGGCCCUGGAUUCGGCGGCCCUGGUGGCUAUAAUCGUGGAGGAGGCGGUGGAUUUGGACCCGGUUUUGGAGGACGUCCAGGAUUCGGUGGCGGCGGCGGCGGCGGUGGUUCCUCUUCUGCUUCGGCCUCGUCCUCGGCGUCGGCUGCUGGAGGCGGUGGACGUGGUGGCGGUGGCUCAGCAUCCGCAUCCUCUUCAGCCUCUGCUUCAAGCGGUGGUGGUGGAUUCCGCGGUUAAGCCAAACCAAAACAAAAAUACAUAUUAGGAAUUUAAGCGAUAAGAAAUGACUGUGAA